ACUGUCAGUGCACUGUGGCAAGUACUAUCCAAAGCCAUUGAAGGAUUUCAAAGCAGGGAAAAGAUGUGAACAGAUGUGUGUUUUGUAAAGAUGAUGCUGGCAGCCGAAUGGAACCUGCACUGGAGAAGAGCUCCGUGGAAUGGGCAACAAUGGAAAUCUGAAUCAGUGAAGUGGGAAGGCAGGUGAGCAUCACAAAGGAAACAGAAACAAGACUUGGAUAUCAGGACAACAGUAUAAAAGGAUGGAUAUUUCUGCAUUAGGGGGUGAACAUCAUGUUGAGGAAGAUCGCCGUGGCUGCAGCAUCCAAGCCAGCAGUGGAGAUCAAGCAGGAAGGGGACACUUUCUACAUCAAAACCUCUACUGCUGUGCGUACCACAGAGAUUAACUUCAAGAUUGGGGAGGAGUUUGAGGAGCAGACUGUGGAUGGGAGACCCUGCAAGAGCCUGGUGAAAUGGGAGAGUGAGAACAAAAUGGUCUGUGAGCAGAGACUUCUGAAGGGAGAGGGCCCCAAGACCUCCUGGACCAGAGAACUGACCAAUGAUGGAGAGCUGAUCCUGACCAUGACAGCAAACGACGUUGUGUGCACCAGGGUCUAUGUCCGAGAGUGAGCAGCCAUGGACCAAGAGCCACCUGAAGCCCAUCUAUCCCCCACCCCACCAACCCACUGCUUCAGAGUCCUCGUAUAGCCACCACUCUCCCUUCCACACCCAUUUUAUAGCUUAGCUUUCCCUUUACCCCUUCACUCCUGUGGGCCACUGGGAUACCUCUUGUAGGGACUUUUGUUCUUUGACCAACCCCUCCUUUUCUUUUGCCACACUGAGAGGGGCAGGUUGCAGGAGCCCAGACCACACCCCUUCCACCAUCACUCCCCUCCCCCAGGCCAGCAGUCUAGCUCCAUACCAGCCUAGAGUCUCUGCUUCCCUCCAGGGAGGUUCUGAGUAAGAAGACUGUCUUUAAUUUCUACUC